AAAUUUCUUGAAGAAAGUUUUGCACUUAUAGCGGCAAUAGUGAUUCUGGGUUGCUUCACUGCAUAUAAAUGGGUAAGGCGGAGAAGAAGGAGAAGGCAAAAGAACGAAGAGAAAAGAGACUUGAAGAGAUUAACCUUCUAAGGUCUAUUCCUUAUUCCGAUCACCAAAGGUGGUGGUCUAAAGAAACUAUUGCUGUGGUUACCGGUGGAAACAGAGGAAUUGGGUUUGAGAUUUGCAGGCAACUUGCUGCUCAUGGAUUGACUGUUAUACUAACAUCAAGAGAUGCUAGUGCUGGUGCUGAAUCAAUUAAGAUUUUGCAAGAAGGUGGUUUGGAUGUGGUUUAUCAUCGACUUGACAUCGUCCAUGAGUCAUCCAUCAACCAUUUUGUUGAGUGGUUGCAGCAAAAUUAUGGUGGUUUAGAUAUUCUGGUGAACAAUGCUGGUGUUAAUUUCAAUCUCGGGUCUGAUAACUCUGUUGAAAAUGCUCGCAAGGUUAUUGAAACAAAUUAUUAUGGCAUCAAAAAGUUGACUGAAGCUCUUAUUCCAAUGAUGAAACCAUCUGUUGUUGGUGCUCGAAUUGUAAACGUAAGCUCGCGUCUAGGUCGAUUAAAUGGAAGACGAAAUAGAAUCAUGAAUGUAGCCUUGAGGGAGCAACUGAGUGAUGUCGAGUUUCUUUCAGAGGAACUGAUUGACAGAACUCUAUCUACAUUUUUACAACAAGUAGAAGAUGGAAGCUGGACAGCAGGUGGGUGGCCUCAAAUAUAUACGGAUUACUCGGUGUCCAAACUUGCUGUUAAUGCUUAUACAAGGCUUAUGGCGAGGAAGCUUUCUGAGCGACCAGAAGGCCAGAAGAUUUUUGUUAACUGCUAUUGCCCGGGUUGGGUGAAGACGGCUUUAACAGGUUUUGCAGGGAACAAUACUGUUGAGGAAGGAGCUGAUACUGGAGUAUGGCUUGCCCUUCUGCAUGACCAAACAGUUAUGGGAAGUUUUUUUGCUGAGAGACGGGAAAUUAACUUUUAGCCAUGUUGUCAAAAUGCGGCCAUGAACAAUGCCAUGGUUAUGGCAUAGCAGAUUUUGUGUGUUAUGGGCUAGCGGAGUUUUUUCUGGUUGUCAUAGGCUACAAAACCAUACCUAUAGGGAAGGUUUUGUCCGACCACCACUGAUAAUAAGGUUAGGAAAUAAAUAUGUAAAUCUGUCUACUGCUGUUAGUUUGCUGCUAGGUUCAAUUUUCUGUGUACCAUAUAAUUAUCAGUGAUAAUCUAAUUCUUUUGGGUUUUUCAUGCUUUA